GAGACGAUGACGUGUCUGUUUUGUGGUACGUUACAGUCGAAACCGUAUUUAUGUAAUAUCUUUGGUUUAAGAGUUAACCUAACCUCACAUCAGCUGUAAAAAACAACAACAACAACAACUAUGUUGUUGUAGUACUAAUUGUACCAAGUAAAAACGCUCAUGACAACAACGUAAAACUGUGAAGCUAAUUGUGUCUAGCUAACCUUUACGAAUUAGCUAGACCUUGGUCACUGCUGGCUGUACAUGCCAAAAUGUAUUUUGUGUUGUUAAACUAGCUAUAGAUCCACUAUCGUAUGUUUGCAAGCCGUAUGAUAUUUUUCACUAGCCUGCUGAGGAGAGGACUCUGUGUGAAACCAUUCUGGAACCAUCGUUACCAAAACGUUUCGGUGGUAUUACUGAAUGAGGUUGUAUUCAUGACUGCACUGUCAGACUUGGAGCCUGCUAAAAAGAGACUGCGGGUUGAAUUUGGCCUCCAAGCACCUGUCGGCUCAAGGAGCCCUCUUUCAUUGGCUUUUAAAGCAAGUUCCAAAGAGGCAAGUCUACACGCAAUGGAGGGGCAGCAGCAUAGUGCCAAAGCAACAUCUCUUAGUCAGAAAAACAAUCCCAAGUCCCAACAGAAUAACCCUGAUAAGUGGCUGUUGGAACUUCCCCAAAGCACCACAAGCCCAGCUUCUGACAUGUGUGAAGCUGCUGAACAACAACUGGAGGAUGUAGAGAUGGUGAGUCCAGACAGCUCCGAGUCUGGCUGCAGUCACAAGAUCCAGUUUAUGGAGACAGAGACCGAGGCCCAGACCCACAGUUCAGACUCUGAGGAACCUGUUGUCUCUAGUAUUAUAGACCCGGAGGAUGAAGAGACAGCUCCCUUAACACCAUCUGACAGCUUAAAGGAUCACAAACCCGUCUUGCAAAUCACCACAGAUCACAUUCCCGUCUCGCAAAUCACCACAGAUCACAGGCCUGUUUCGGAAGUCUCCACAGAUCACAAGCCGGUCUCGGAAGUGCCCACGGAUCACACGCCGGUCUCGGAAGUGCCCACGGAUCACACGCCGGUCUCGGAAGUGCCCACGGAUCACACGCCGGUCUCGGAAGUGCCCACGGAUCACACGCCGGUCUCGGAAGUGCCCACGGAUCACACGCCGGUCUCGGAAGUGCCCACGGAUCACACGCCGGUCUCGGAAGUGCCCACGGAUCACACGCCGGUCUCGGAAGUGCCCACGGAUCACACGCCGGUCUCGGAAGUGCCCACGGAUCACACGCCGGUCUCGGAAGUGCCCACGGAUCACACGCCGGUCUCGGAAGUGCCCAAGGAUCACACGCCGGUCUCGGAAGUGCCCAAGGAUCACAAGCCGGUCUCGGAAGUGCCCAAGGAUCACAAGCCGGUCUCGGAAGUGCCCAAGGAUCACAAGCCGAUCUCGGAAGUGCCCACAGAUCCUAAAGGGAACAGUGAUGAGCAAAUGGAGGAGACCGUGAGCCAGAUCAACAGGGGUCUGGACAAGCAGCAGGACACAGAAAGAUCCUCCUCCAAGGGCCAAGGAAAAAUAACAGACUUCUUCGCCCCAUCCACAAGUGCCCAAGCUCCUUCGGAGAAACAACGCAGAGACGGAGAGGACGUCCCACGUGAGAAACAUCGCAGAGACGGAGAGGACGUCCUACGUGAGAAACAUCGCAGAGACGGAGAGGACGGCCCUCCACCGUCGCCACCGUACGAUUCCAAGUGGCUGGGAAGCCCUAUCAGUGAUCUGAGGAGAAUGCCACAGUGUGGUCGACCACUCCCACCACUGAAGAAUAUUCCUGACCAUCACACUGUCAUGAUCAGGACAGACCUCCUUCAAACAGGCAAAGUUCCUGUUCCCUAUCCCAACAAGUUCAGAGACACCUGGGACGAGGUCCAUGUGAAAAUGCCCUGUUCAAAGAGCAGCCUAUUCCCUGUAGGAAAUCAGGAACUGCAGGAACGAUGGGAACUCAUCCAGAAAGCUUUAAACAGAGAAUUUUGCAGUUCCCAUGAUGUGAAGAAUGCCAUAUUGAAGUACAAUGUUGCUCAUGCCAAGAGAUGGGACUUCACAGUUCUUCAUUUGUUCUGCAACAAGGAUCUGGAGCCUGAAGUCGUUCAUCAUCUGUUUAGGUCUCUGCUGCCUGAAAUGGUCCAAUUAGCACUGAGUGUGUCUGAGCUGUGCAACAAGCCCAUCCCUCUGCUGAAGGAAGGGGUGAACCACUCCAUCACCCUGUCUCAGAUGCAGGUGGCUUCUCUAUUGGCCAAUGCCUUCUUCUGUACCUUUCCCAGACGCAACUCCAGGAAGUCAGAAUACUCCAACUACCCUGACAUCAACUUCUACAGGCUGUUUGAGGGCUCUUCCCCAAAGAAGAGGGAGAAACUGAAAACACUUUUGUGCUAUUUUAGAAGUGUAAUCGAGCAAAAACCUACUGGACUUGUGACGUACACAAGAAAGUGUUUGGAUCGGCCUCCAAAUUGGAAAAACUCCCAGAAUCAGCUCACCAAGCUUCACAUAACAUGUGUAGGAACCAUAGAAGACGACGGACACGGCAUGCUGCAGGUGGACUUUGCCAACCGGUUUGUGGGCGGAGGGGUCACCGGAUCGGGUCUGGUUCAGGAAGAGAUUCGCUUCCUGAUUAACCCUGAACUCAUCGUCUCUCGCCUCUUCACUGAAGCCCUGCUGCAGAAUGAGUGUCUCAUCGUCACAGGCACUGAGCAGUACAGUACCUACACUGGCUACGCAGACAGCUACCUAUGGGACGGCAAACAUCAGGACAAGACCCCAAGAGACACCUGGCAGAGGAGGUGCACAGAGAUCGUAGCGAUGGACGCUCUGAAGUUCAGGAACUUCCUCGAACAGUUUCACCCUGAGAAAAUGAACAGAGAACUGAAUAAGGCAUACUGUGGCUUUUCCCGCCCAGGGGAGAGGAGUCAGGAUCUCUCUGCGGUUGCUACAGGAAACUGGGGCUGCGGUGUGUUCGGUGGAGACGCUAGGUUUAAAGCUCUGCUCCAGAUUCUGGCAGCCUCUGAGGCAGGCCGAGACGUGGCCUAUUUCACCUUUGGUGACAGCGUCCUGAUGAAAGACGUCUACGACAUGCACUACUUCCUCACACAGAGACACGUCAGCGUCGGGGCUCUGUACAGUUUGCUGGGUCAGUACUACAGCUCAAUGUGUCAGAGCUGCUUCACCCGCCGUCCUGACAUCAGCCUCUACUCCUUCAUCUACCAGGAGGCCAGCUCUGUCUCCCCCUAGACCAGAAACACACACGCAGGUCGGCUCCCCCUAGACGAUCGGAGACGCCACGUCACACAGGUCGGCUCCGCCUAGAAGACCGUAGAUGCCCCCCCCCCCGGACACAAAACAAGCGCUGUGCCCCGCGAGAGAUUCCAGUGGAAGUUUGUCUUGUCAUUCUGCUACUGGUAGCUGAUACGCACAUGGAUAGAGAUUUGAUGUGUUGAGAUUUGUGAUUUGGAAUGGUAAAGCCAAAGGCUGUCAUCCAUCUUGUGAGUGUGUCAUGUUUCCUUCCCCCCCCCCCCACAUAAAUCCAGACUAAAUGAAUCAGUUGUCAGAAAUUCAGUUGAUGGAAAGAAUGAAUAGAGCCAUUCUUGGAGAAGAUUUUUAAAAAUAAAUAAAAAUGUUUUAAUUUGAUCAUAGGGAAAUGAUCUUCAGUCUUUGGCUGGUUACUCUGUUCUCCACUGGAGAGAAGCUGACUCUGUGUGGGGAGGAUCACUUAGUGUGUGCCGUGAUCAUUUAUUUUAUUUUCAAAUAUUUCAGAUUACCACGGGCCUAGCCAUGGUCCUCUAAGUGGAUAUAUUACCAUGGGCCUAGCCAUGGUCUUCUAAGUGGAUAUAUUACCAUGGGCCUAGCCAUGGGCCUCCAUUCAGUGGAUAUAUUACCAUGGGCCUAGCCAUGGUCUUCUAAGUGGAUAUAUUACCAUGGGCCUAGCCAUGGUCCUCUAAGUGGAUAUAUUACCAUGGGCCUAGCCAUGGGCCUCCAUUCAGUGGAUAUAUUACCAUGGGCCUAGCCAUGGGCCUCCAUUCAGUGGAUAUAUUACCAUGGGCCUAGCCAUGGGCCUCCAUUCAGUGGAUAUAUUACCAUUCAGUGGAUAUAUUACCAUGGGCCUAGCCAUGGUCUUCUAAGUGGAUAUAUUACCAUGGGCCUAGCCAUGGUCUUCUAAGUGGAUAUAUUACCAUGGGCCUAGCCAUGGGCCUCUAAGUGGAUAUAUUACCAUGGGCCUAGCCAUGGGCCUCCAUUCAGUGGAUAUAUUACCAUGGGCCUAGCCAUGGGCCUCUAAGUGGAUAUAUUACCAUGGGCCUAGCCAUGGGCCUCCAUUCAGUGGAUAUAUUACCAUGGGCCUAGCCAUGGGCCUCUAAGUGGAUAUAUUACCAUGGGCCUCGAUUCAGUGGAUAUAUUACCAUGGGCCUAGCCAUGGUCCUCUAAGUGGAUAUAUUACCAUGGCCCUAGCCAUGGGCCUCCAUUCAGUGGAUAUAUUACCAUUGGCCUAGCCAUGGUCCUCUAAGUGGAUAUAUUACCAUGGGCCUAGCCAUGGUCCUCUAAGUGGAUAUAUUACCAUGGGCCUAGCCAUGGUCCUCUAAGUGGAUAUAUUACCAUGGGCCUAGCCAUGGGCCUCCAUUAAGUGGAUAUAUUACCAUGGCCCUAGCCAUGGGCCUCCAUUCAGUGGAUAUAUUACCAUGGCCUCCAUUCAGUGGAUAUAUUAUCAUGGCCUCCAUUCAGUGGAUAUAUUACCAUGGCCUCCAUUCAGUGGAUAUAUUACCAUGGGCCUCCAUUCAGUGGAUAUAUUACCAUGGCCUCCAUUCAGUGGAUAUAUUACCAUGGCCUCCAUUCAGUGGAUAUAUUACCAUGGCCUCCAUUCAGUGGAUAUAUUACCAUGGGCCUCCAUUCAGUGGAUAUAUUACCAUGGCCUCCAUUCAGUGGAUAUAUUACCAUGGCUUCCAUUCAGUGGAUAUAUUACCAUGGGCCUCCAUUCAGUGGAUAUAUUACCAUGGGCCUCCAUUCAGUGGAUAUAUUACCAUGGCCUCCAUUCAGUGGAUAUAUUACCAUGG